UGCUGCCAGGCGCUUGCUAGUCWGCACGAGGGGCAGCCCAGGCGAGGUGUGGCCUCCGCCCAGGCGGGGGUGUCUGCGCGUGGGGCCCCGCCAUGGCUGCGUCCGAGCUCUACACAAAGUUUGCUAGGGUUUGGAUACCUGAUCCUGAGGAAGUUUGGAAGUCAGCAGAGCUGCUCAAAGAUUAUAAGCCUGGAGAUAAAGUCCUCCUGCUUCACCUUGAGGAAGGAAAGGAUUUGGAAUACCGUCUAGAUCCAAAGACCAAGGAGCUGCCUCAUCUACGAAACCCUGAUAUACUUGUUGGAGAAAAUGACCUCACUGCCCUCAGCUAUCUUCAUGAGCCUGCUGUGCUCCAUAAUCUCAGAGUCCGCUUUAUUGAUUCCAAACUCAUUUAUACAUAUUGUGGUAUAGUCCUAGUAGCUAUAAAUCCUUAUGAACAACUGCCUAUUUAUGGGGAAGAUAUUAUUAAUGCUUACAGUGGUCAGAACAUGGGUGAUAUGGAUCCACAUAUCUUUGCAGUAGCUGAAGAAGCUUAUAAGCAAAUGGCCAGAGAUGAGCGAAAUCAGUCCAUCAUUGUAAGUGGAGAGUCUGGGGCAGGAAAAACAGUCUCAGCUAAGUAUGCCAUGCGAUACUUUGCAACUGUAAGUGGUUCUGCCAGUGAGGCCAACGUUGAAGAGAAGGUCUUAGCCUCCAACCCCAUCAUGGAGUCUAUUGGAAAUGCUAAAACAACCAGGAAUGAUAAUAGCAGUCGCUUUGGGAAGUAUAUAGAGAUUGGUUUUGAUAAGAGAUAUAGAAUCAUUGGUGCCAAUAUGAGAACAUACCUUUUAGAGAAAUCCAGAGUGGUGUUCCAGGCAGAAGAGGAGAGAAACUAUCAUAUCUUCUAUCAGCUUUGUGCCUCAGCACAAUUACCUGAAUUUAAAAUGCUGCGAUUAGGAAAUGCAAAUAGCUUUCAUUACACGAAACAGGGAGGUAGCCCAGUGAUUGAAGGAGUGGAUGAUGCAAAGGAGAUGGCACACACCAGGCAGGCCUGCACUCUACUAGGAAUUAGUGAAUCUUAUCAAAUGGGAAUUUUUCGAAUACUUGCUGGCAUCCUUCACUUAGGCAAUGUUGCAUUUACUUCUCGAGAUUCAGACAGCUGCACAAUACCUCCCAAGCAUGAACCUCUCAGCAUCUUCUGUGAUCUCAUGGGUGUGGAUUAUGAGGAGAUGUGUCAUUGGCUUUGCCAUCGGAAGCUGGCUACUGCCACAGAGACAUACAUCAAGCCCAUCUCCAAGCUGCAGGCCACAAAUGCCCGUGAUGCUUUAGCCAAGCACAUCUAUGCCAAGCUCUUUAACUGGAUUGUAGAUCAUGUCAAUCAGGCUCUGCAUUCUGCUGUUAAGCAACACUCUUUUAUUGGCGUGCUGGAUAUUUAUGGAUUCGAAACAUUUGAGAUAAAUAGUUUUGAGCAGUUUUGUAUAAAUUAUGCAAAUGAAAAACUACAGCAGCAAUUCAACAUGCACGUUUUCAAAUUGGAACAAGAGGAAUACAUGAAAGAACAAAUUCCAUGGACACUCAUAGAUUUUUAUGAUAAUCAGCCUUGUAUUAAUCUUAUAGAAUCUAAACUGGGCAUUCUAGAUUUGCUGGAUGAGGAAUGCAAGAUGCCUAAAGGUACAGAUGACACUUGGGCCCAAAAAUUGUACAACACACAUUUGAACAAAUGUGCGCUCUUUGAAAAGCCUCGCCUGUCAAACAAAGCUUUCAUCAUCCAACAUUUUGCUGACAAAGUGGAAUACCAGUGUGAAGGCUUUCUUGAAAAGAAUAAAGACACUGUUUUUGAUGAACAUAUUAAAGUUCUUAAGUCAAGCAAGUUUAAGAUGCUACCAGAACUAUUUCAAGAUGAUGAAAAGGCCAUUAGUCCAACCUCAGCCACCUCUUCAGGGCGUACACCCCUCACCCGCAUUCCUGCAAAGGCCACCAAGGGCAGACCAGGCCAGACGGCCAAAGAGCACAAGAAAACAGUGGGGCAUCAGUUCCGAAAUUCCCUUCACUUGCUUAUGGAGACCCUCAAUGCCACUACUCCUCACUAUGUGCGCUGUAUUAAGCCUAAUGACUUCAAGUUUCCAUUCACGUUUGAUGAGAAGAGGGCAGUGCAGCAACUGAGAGCAUGUGGUGUCCUGGAAACCAUUCGAAUCAGUGCAGCAGGUUUCCCCUCACGGUGGACUUACCAAGAAUUUUUCAGUCGCUACCGAGUCCUAAUGAAGCAAAAAGAUGUGCUAGGUGACAGAAAGCAAACAUGCAAGAAUGUGUUAGAGAAACUGAUACUGGACAAGGACAAAUACCAGUUUGGUAAAACAAAGAUCUUUUUCCGUGCUGGUCAAGUGGCCUAUCUAGAAAAAUUGAGGGCAGACAAACUGAGGGCUGCCUGCAUUCGGAUCCAGAAGACCAUCCGAGGUUGGCUGCUGAGGAAGAAGUACCUACGMAUGCGUAAAGCAGCCAUCACUGUGCAGAGAUAUGUGCGGGGCUACCAGGCUCGAUGCUAUGCUAAAUUWCUGCGUAGAACCAAGGCAGCAGUCAUCAUUCAGAAAUACUGGCGGAUGUAUGUGGUCCACAAGAAGUACAAGAUUAAACGAGCUGCCACUAUUGUUCUUCAGUCUUAUUUGCGAGGCUAUUUGGCCAGAAAUAGGUAUCGCAAGAUACUCCGUGAACACAAAGCAGUCAUCAUUCAGAAGUGGGUCCGUGGCUGGCUGGCUAGAACACAUUACAAGAAGAGCAUGCAUGCCAUAAUCUAUCUUCAGUGUUGCUUCAGGAGGAUGAUGGCUAAGCGUGAGCUUAAGAAGCUCAAAAUUGAGGCUCGCUCUGUGGAACGAUAUAAGAAGCUCCACAUUGGCAUGGAGAACAAGAUUAUGCAGCUGCAGCGCAAAGUUGAUGAGCAGAAUAAAGACUACAAAUGCCUCAUGGAAAAACUGACCAAUCUGGAAGGAGUAUACAACUCUGAGACUGAGAAAUUACGGAGUGACUUAGAACGUCUUCAGCUAAGUGAGGAGGAAGCUAAGGUUGCCACUGGACGAGUUCUUAGUCUGCAGGAAGAAAUUGCCAAGCUCCGGAAAGACCUGGAACAAACUCAGUCAGAGAAAAAAACCAUUGAAGAACGAGCAGAUAGAUAUAAACAAGAAACUGAGCAGCUGGUAUCAAAUCUGAAAGAAGAAAAUACUUUGCUGAAGCAGGAAAAAGAGACCCUUAAUCACCUUAUUGUGGAGCAGGCUAAGGAGAUGACAGAAACUAUGGAGAAGAAGCUAGUAGAAGAAACAAAACAACUGGAACUUGAGCUUAAUGAUGAAAGGCUGAGAUACCAGAACCUUCUGAAUGAGUUCAGUCGCCUAGAAGAAAGAUAUGAUGACCUCAAGGAAGAGAUGACCCUCAUGGUGAAUGUGCCUAAGCCUGGACACAAGAGAACAGACUCCACCCAUAGCAGCAAUGAGUCCGAAUAUACCUUUAGCUCUGAAAUUGCAGAUACUGAAGAUAUUCCAUCAAGAACAGAGGAGCCAAGCGAAAAGAAGGUACCUCUGGACAUGUCCUUGUUCCUCAAGCUCCAGAAGCGGGUCACUGAGCUGGAGCAGGAAAAGCAGGUGAUGCAGGAUGAGCUGGACCGCAAGGAAGAGCAGAUGCUACGCAGCAAGGCAAAGGAAGAAGAAAGACCACAAAUUAGAGGUGCGGAACUAGAAUAUGAGUCCCUCAAGCGUCAAGAACUAGAGUCAGAAAACAAAAAACUGAAAAAUGAGCUAAAUGAGUUACGAAAGGCUCUCAGUGAGAAAAGUGCCCCAGAGGUGACUGCUCCAGGGGCACCUGCCUACCGGGUCCUUAUGGAGCAGCUGACCUCUGUGAGUGAGGAGCUUGAUGUCCGCAAGGAAGAAGUCCUUAUCUUAAGGUCUCAGCUGGUGAGCCAGAAAGAGGCCAUCCAACCCAAGAAUACAAUGACAGAUUCCACAAUACUUUUGGAAGAUGUACAGAAAAUGAAAGAUAAAGGUGAAAUAGCACAAGCAUACAUUGGUUUGAAAGAAACAAAUAGAUCUUCUGCUAUGGAUUACCAUGAAUUGAAUGAGGAUGGAGAGCUGUGGCUGGUUUAUGAAGGGUUAAAACAAGCCAACAGGCUCCUGGAAUCCCAGCUGCAGUCACAGAAGAGGAGCCAUGAGAAUGAGGCUGAGGCCCUCCGAGGGGAGAUCCAGAGCCUGAAGGAAGAGAACAACCGGCAGCAGCAGUUGCUGGCUCAGAACCUACAGCUACCCCCAGAGGCCCGCAUCGAGGCCAGCCUGCAGCAUGAGAUCACCCGGUUGACCAAUGAAAACUUGUAUUUUGAGGAAUUAUAUGCAGAUGACCCUAAGAAGUAUCAAUCAUAUCGGAUUUCACUUUACAAACGGAUGAUUGAUUUGAUGGAACAACUUGAAAAACAGGAUAAGACUGUCCGGAAACUGAAAAAACAACUGAAAGUUUUUGCCAAAAAAAUUGGUGAACUAGAAGUGGGCCAGAUGGAGAAUAUAUCUCCAGGACAAAUCAUUGAUGAGCCUAUCCGUCCAGUCAACAUUCCCAGGAAAGAAAAAGAUUUCCAAGGAAUGCUGGAAUACAAGAAGGAAGAUGAGCAAAAGCUUGUUAAGAACCUGAUUCUAGAACUAAAACCACGGGGUGUAGCAGUCAAUUUGAUUCCAGGGCUACCAGCAUAUAUUCUGUUUAUGUGCGUUCGACAUGCCGAUUACCUGAAUGAUGAUCAGAAAGUAAGGUCAUUACUAACGUCAACAAUUAACAGCAUCAAAAAAGUAUUGAAGAAAAGAGGUGAUGAUUUUGAAACUGUCUCCUUCUGGCUCUCUAACACAUGCCGAUUUUUGCACUGUUUGAAGCAGUACAGUGGAGAAGAGGGCUUCAUGAAGCAUAAUACCUCUCGCCAAAAUGAACACUGCCUCACCAAUUUUGACUUGGCUGAGUAUCGGCAGGUGCUGAGUGACUUGGCCAUUCAGAUUUACCAACAGCUUGUACGGGUAUUAGAGAACAUCCUUCAACCAAUGAUUGUCUCAGGCAUGCUGGAGCAUGAAACAAUUCAGGGUGUGUCCGGGGUGAAGCCCACGGGGCUAAGAAAGCGAACCUCCAGUAUUGCGGAUGAAGGCACCUACACACUGGACUCCAUCCUCCGACAGCUCAACUCAUUCCACUCAGUCAUGUGUCAGCACGGCAUGGACCCAGAACUGAUCAAGCAGGUGGUCAAGCAGAUGUUUUACAUUGUGGGGGCCAUCACCCUGAACAACCUCCUCCUGCGUAAGGACAUGUGCUCCUGGAGUAAAGGCAUGCAGAUCAGGUACAAUGUCAGUCAACUAGAAGAAUGGCUACGUGACAAGAAUCUGAUGAACAGUGGGGCAAAAGAAACCCUGGAACCACUCAUUCAAGCUGCUCAGCUUUUGCAAGUAAAAAAGAAAACAGAUGAUGAUGCAGAAGCCAUUUGUUCCAUGUGCAAUGCUUUAACUACUGCCCAGAUUGUCAAAGUGUUGAAUUUGUAUACUCCAGUUAAUGAGUUCGAAGAAAGAGUCUCCGUCUCAUUUAUUCGUACUAUACAGAUGCGUUUACGAGAUAGGAAAGACUCGCCUCAGCUGCUCAUGGAUGCUAAACACAUCUUUCCUGUCACCUUUCCUUUUAACCCAUCCUCCCUCGCACUAGAAACCAUCCAGAUUCCAGCUAGCCUGGGCCUGGGAUUCAUUUCACGGGUCUGAAAGUGAUGUCCAGGCAAACAAUGACAGUAUACUCCUUGUCUGGAUAAGAACCAUUAUUUCCAGUAAGCUACUGAAAAAAAUACAUUUUUAAAGAGAAAGUACUGAUUAUCUCUCAAACAAGAAGAUAUUAACUGGAAAUCUCCCUAGAGGCUUUCAUCAUCUUGGAAGAAAGAUAGGCUCCUUUGUGCCAUGUUACCUUUAAAGCAACACUCAUUCCUGCUCAGCUGGUAUCCUGAGUUUACAUGCCACUGGAUGAUGGAAGGGAAAAAGAAAAGAAAGGAAGGCAAAUGUGUCAACAUUUAUUUUAAAUCCUUAGCACUGCAUUUAGUGGUAUAGAAAACAUAAAUUCCAUAUGCAUAGGCUGUUGUUAGGAAGACAACAACAAAGAAUGAUCUCUGUGCUAAACAGAAUUGAAAGAAAAAUCACCAUUGAAUACAUAUCAGUUUAGGAAUCAGUUAUGUUGAUAUUAUCAAACUGGAUCUAAUAAACUGGCAAUAUGUAAAGUAGUUGGUCAAGUAAAUUCCUUAUUUGUGUCACUAUGAUAUAGAGCUAUUAAAAGAAUGUUGGUUUGCUAUAUAACAUAGAUGUUCAUCUGUACUGUAGCUUACUGAGCAUUUUAAAUUGCUGCUACAUAAUGUCUCCUUAAAAUGUAGAUGAUACUCUUAUUAGGCACUACAACAAUAAGCUUCUAUUUUAUCAACUCUGUUUACAAUUCAAUCAGAUCAGUUUUAACUGGAUUAUAUGCAAAUAUCUACAGAUUCACCUGCACAAGUAGCAGACACUGGAAAAUCAUGUAAUAUGACAAAAUGCUUGACAUUUAGGGGUAGGGAUAGAUAAAUUGUCUAUUGUUGAUGUCACUGUUUAUUCAGGAUGUAUUACAUUGACAUGCUCAUUAAUUUUCUCUGGGUGGAUAUUACAUCAGGGUACAGUGUUUUGUGAAGUGACUUUAUUUUAGUUCCCAGAUCUGAUUCCUGUAGUAUAUAUUUUCAACUUUGACAGGUUUUCUUUCUUCUUAAUUCACUAAGAAUCAAUCUCAAUCACUAUGUAGAAAGGAUUGUCAGAAUUUUCAUGAUUCAGGUCUUGAAACUUUGAUUAGCCUAUAAAUUAUGCAAAAGAAGGUAUAUAAUAAAUAUUAUGAUUCAGGGUUUUUAGACUUUGCAACUUCUAUAAAUGUUCUCAGAUACCACUAGAUACUUUAAAAAGCAUCAUAUUAGAAAUACCUUAAGAAGACUUAUAUAAAAAAUAUAUGAAGAUUGUGGAAUUUUAUAGAGAAUUUGGUUCAGUAAGACUCAAAUUCUAUAGGUUUUCAAUCUGAAAUUCUAAUUAAACAAUUCUCCAUUUUUUCUAGAAAUAUUAGUAAAAUAAAUCCUUCAGGUUGUACAAAAGUAAAUUACUAGCUUUCAUCAGAAAUUCUGGUUCUUAAUUAUAAUUAUAAUCAUAGAYUUAUGUAAUUUAACUGUUAGAUGGUCUAUAAAAAUGACAUAUCUUAUUAAAAAUAUGUGCAAUAUUAUUUAUGGAAGUCAAACAGUUUCAAAUCAGUGAUAAAGAUUGUAUUAAAAGAUAUCAUCUAUUAACUUAUUUGAGCCUCAAUUUCCUUGUUUAUAAAAUAGAAGGGUUGGACAGCUGAUUCUUAAGAUCUCUUCCAUAUCUAAAAUUCUCUCCUUUCAGCACUUAGAUCCUAGAGAAAAAAAGCUACAAUUUAGUCCAUCCUCUCUUGGAAAGUCCAGUGUGUAGUGCCUGUCAUUUCCUUAGGAUUAAUAAAAUGCAAACUCACAAGUUUAUGUAGCUGUAACCUUUCUUAAAUGUACAUGAUUUAUGCACAUGUGCAUUUCAAAAGGCCCAUGCUUUUAGAAAGCCCUAUUAUAUUGUUUUAUUUGAAAGUAAUUUAAAUUUCAUUACAUCAUGUACUGCUUUAUUCAGUUUUAAAAUAUUUAUUUUCAACAUGAACCUCCCAAUUCUAAUCUAAUCAUAUUCUGUUUUCCUGAUUGUCAAUGUGGUUUCAAUAAACAAUUAACUCUUCUAGCCAUUUAGCUAGUGUUAAAUGUGUCAGAGUCUAACAGCACAGGUGUGACAUGGGCAGGGGAGUUGCCAAGAAAGUACAAUCAUGGUGCAGGCUGUCCACCUUAGCCCUGGCAGUCCUCCCUGGUCCUCUCCCAGCUUGAUCCUAUGUGGCAUGACCCAUGUACACCACACUUUAUCCUGUAUUCAAGAUCACAUGGUAGCUCCCACUUUCAUUGCUGCCUUUUUCCUUACUCCUGGCAUUUCAUGUCCUAAAGCAUCUGUGGUCUGAGACUUUCCCUCCUGUCCUCUGGCUUUUUGCCGUCAAGUGCUGUGGCCACUGUUCCACAUUAGACCAGAGCUUCCACYGCCAUCCCAUGUAGUUUCUCCUAUUCCAGUGAUGGUGGCACAAAGUUUCUUCUAUUCCAGGGCUUUCAUUCUCUCCAAGGCCUCCCCAGAACCCCAAAUAGGGAUCAGGAUUAACUUUUCUUGAUAGCCUGAAGAUUUUUAGUAUAACAAGAAUAUCUUACAACCAGGGAACCUCAAGAGCUAGAAAUGAGUCUCUGCACUACUUUGUUGAGGAUGCACCAAGAUUCUGCUGACCAUGGGUACCCAUUAGCCAGUUUGAGAACUGCUCACUCUCCCUCUUCCCACACCUUUUCAUUCACCUUCAUAUAUACACACCCAGCUUUUUGUCUGUCCUCUUUACUCUUCCCUUCCCUUUGCUUAGUCAUACAUCCCAUCAACUGCUGACUAGCAGGCUGCCUGUGCACUGAAGGUAGACAUGUGGAGUCUGUUUCCAUUUGCCCUACUUGAUCUUCCUUGUGACUUCUCUUUGCAUCAACCUUUGCACAGAUUUUGUUGUUCUCACUUCUCUGCCAUACAUUCUUUUCGUAGUUCCUCUGUGACACAGUAGGAAUGCAAAGGAAGAGACCUUGGAAGCCACAACAAUCUCCUCUUUCCAGUAGUCAUCACCCCUCUCCCAUUAGGUCCAAGCUCAACUCACAUCCUUGUAAUGCAAAGAAAAAAGUAGAAGCAGUUCCCUUCCUGUGGUUUUUCUUAGGUUAAGGAUUCCAUCUGCCUUAGAGGAGGAAAGAUGAAUAUGGCAUAAAAUCCACCAAGUAUAACAUCAUGGUUCUUUUAGAGGUUUUAAAAAUUCCCCACAUAUCUGACACUGCUUUCCUCAGGCACAAAAGUACAAAAAGUGUAUCCCAGACCCAACCACUGGAAGAUUGGGGAUCAGUUUCAGUUUGGAUGAUUUGUUUUAUUAUCUUUCAUUUCAAUGGAUAGUUGAGAGUUGGCUCUUUUUUCAUAAUUAUGUAAUAUAAAUCAAGUCCUUAAAAUGUAGUGGAAAAAGCUAUGAAAAUACUUCAUUUGAAUUUCAGUGUAGUGAUUAUUGUGAGAAAUUAACUCCCUGGUAACCCCAGGAAAAUAGGACCUGUCACCAUCACAAGAAGUCCUCAUAUGAUUUCUCUCUCCCUCCUGUUUUUCUGUCUCCCCUCCCCCCCCCCACACACACAUGCACGUAUGUCCUGAGUCACAGUUCACAGAGUUCCUCAAGUGGCAUAGCCAAGGAUCUAAGUUGACUGCUUAGGAGUAAACAGAAAGCAAACAUAGCAUGUGACGCUACAUGGUCCUGGCAAAAGCAGUGCCGAAACAGUACCUGUCUGGGUGUGCUUUACGCCCAUGCUUUUCCUCUGUGUUACCUCAUUCUUCCUCACAGCAACGCGAUCAGGAGAUAGAGCAGCUCCUACAGUCCUUUGCUGGUGAUAGCUUGAGAUAGCAUGCUUUGCUUGGGGUCACACUGCCYUCCAGCAGUUCUGGCUCAUACAGAGGAGUGGUGUAUGGCAGAUGCAGGACAAGAAACUUUAAAGUCAUGAGGUUCUGUCCUGUCCCUCCUGGUGCUGUGGGGUGGGCCCUGUGCCAACAAGAGGUACUCUUUCUUUAUCAGAGUUAGCAAUUGGGCAUAUGGGGAUGAACAAGCAAUAAGUGCCAGAUUAUUUGUUCUAAUGAGACCAAGCACCCAGUGCCAGGAGUGUUUGUUUGUUUGUUUGUUGUGGGGGUAUAGUUACCUUCUAUAACUAGGUUGGACUUUUGCCAUGACCCACUGCUCCCUGAAAGGAUACAGUACUCUGAGUGUAGGCAUUAGUUAGUAGUGGGCUGUCUGAACCAAAAUGACAGGAAGCAGUGAAAGCCUCCAAUGGAGAGAGGCAGGUCACUCUCCACAUGCCUCUCAGAGUCUCUGUUAGAGCCACCAGGUGAGCUGUGCCACUUGCAGAAACCUGUAGCCACAGGCCACCGUCCCUAAGUCAGGACCUCUGCACAGAAUUGCCCAGGACAGUCUGAAGGCUGUCCCCCAGGCAGGCCAUAUACAAGUCAAUGUGUACUUGACACUGGUGUGUGCAUGCUGCAGAUGUUCACUUUGGGGUAGGAGCUAUGCUGUAUUGCAUGCACAUUAGGCUCCUGGAUUGCUGUAGCCUCUGUUCAUGGAUAAAUGCAUUGUAAAGUGUUCCUCGGCCGUGCUGUGAGGCCGCCUUAACCCUUGCUCCCUUCCCUUCUAGAGCUGCCUUAAGUUCACCAGAACUUGUCCUCUGCAAGGGAUAUCUUGCCUGGAGAGGAUACCUUGCCCUGUUUCUCAAGGUUUUGUGAGGGUUUUGACUGGUUGUGACCCCCAAUCACUAAUUCCUUUCUCCCCUUCCUGCAUGACCUGCCGCCUCCUGUUACUUUCUCCUCCCUUUCCUUUCUACCAUUUCCCAACAGGGAUUAGAACUGUGGGGCAGCAACAAUCUCAGAGCCAGUGAAAUGUCAGCUUAGAGAAUGUUCCUGAGUCAGUGAGAUUCUCUGUCACAGGAAGGCCAAUGAUCAUGCGGAAGAAAUAGUUAGUCUUGGUAAUUUGUGAAUGUCUUUUUCCACUAACCCUUUCUUAAUAAAAGUAAAAGGUACAACUCUUAAAAAUUUUAAUGGACAUUCUUUAAAUAUAGAAGGUUGAAUAAAAACAGGAAGGUAGUGCUAUCAAUUCUAAUCCAUUGUAUUACCCUUAAGUUAAACAAAUUAACCUGGAUUUGCAGUGGAUUUCUCAAUAGAUCAAGAAUGGAAAAUUACUAUGUAAAAUAUCUUCAAAAAUGCAUUUUAUACAUUUUUAAAUUUUUAAUUUGGUUAGCUAAAAAAUGUUCAUUAGCUUAACUUAAUGAGUAUUACUAGAUUAUAAAAUGUCUGAAAAUGACUAACAUUUCCUUAGUAUUUAAUAUUGCUUGAGAUAUUUGAAAGAGAAAAAAAUUGAAGUUGAAACUGGUGUAUAUAAUUAAAUGCCUGGUAAGUCAGGACAUUUUUGUGCAUUUUUCAGUCAAUAUUUUCAGAUGUCUUGUUGCUGGCCUACAUUUUAACCUGUCUAAGUCACAUGAGCCAUUUUUUUCUAACAAAUGGUGAUUUUUUUUUCUCUAAAUGUCAAUGUGUACAUUGUAAUUUAUGAUUCCUAACUAUGUAUUUUUGUGGGAUCCUGGAGGAUCAUUGACUAUUUUAUGUUCUUGAAAAUUUUAAAUUGCUCUAACAGUGUUGCACAGAAAUGAGCUCAAGACACCUAAUAUAUUGUAUUUUAUUUAUUAAUUUACUAUGAAAUGAAGUUUUUCAAAUUUUUUCCUAGUGGAUCUGGAGAAGUAAUUCUUUGAUCUGCAUAGGAAAACAUAAUACAGUUAAUCAAUGAAAAGUUCUUAGAUGAAAUAUUCAUUCAUUAAAAAGGAAGCAGAAGUACCAAGAGGUGAAAGUCAUUACCAACUAUAAUUUUAAACUAAACCCAUUUCAGCAUAUCUCACAUGAACUUUUUUAGAAUAACUUAAUAAUUCAUCUCAUAUCAACAAAAGCCUUUGAAACAUGGGUUUUCACUAGAUUUCACCUAGAGCUAAAUGAAAACCAAAACAAUGUCAGAAUGAGAUUUAUGCUCUAAAUAUGUAGUUGUCUAAUGUUGUGCUUAGUAUAUGUGUGUCAUUAAUGCUG